AUUCCUUUUUUCUUCUUUUUCUCUUUAAACUUUAUGAAAUGUCCUCACCACCAGUUCAACCACCACCGCCUAAUAUUAGGUCACCUUCUGUUAGCUCACAACCUCCUUCUACAUCAGUAGUUGCUUCUCCUUACAGUCAUCAUCUUCCACCACCUAAUUUGCCACCUACAAGUGGCCCAUUACCUCCUCCUAGAGUUACAGAAUUACCUUCCAUUCUUUCUUCUCCUCGUAGUUCUUCUUCACCUUCUUCUUUUCAUCCUUUACCUCCUGCUAGUUCUCUUCAAGACCAUCAUAGUGUAUUACCUCCUAUUCCUCCGCCUCCUAAUAGUUAUCCCGAAAGAAACAAUAGUCUAGGACGUCCUCCUAUAUCCCAUCCUUUACCUCCCCCUCCUCCUACUAAUACAGCGACACAAUCAUCAUCUCCAACAUCUAAUAAUAACGCAGGUUAUAGACCUUUAAAUGUAAGAGAUGCUUUAACUUAUCUUGAUCAAGUUAAAGUACGUUUUUCAGAUCAGCCUGAUGUUUAUAAUCGAUUUUUGGAUAUUAUGAAAGAUUUUAAAAGUCAAGCUAUUGAUACGCCUGGAGUGAUUGAGCGCGUUUCAAGUCUAUUUAAGGGUCAUCCAACUUUGAUUUCAGGAUUUAAUACAUUUUUGCCACCAGGUUAUCGUAUUGAAUGUUCUACAAACCCUCGUGAACCAGAUUUAAUCACUGUUAUGACGCCUAAUGGUAUAACUACUACUAGUUCGUCAAGUCGUGAAACCAUAGCAGAAAUGCCACCAGCCCAGCAACAACAGCAACAGCAACAACAACAACAACAGCAGCAACAACAACAACAACAACAACAACAACAACAACAACAACAACAACAACAACAACAACAACAACAACAACAACAACAGCAGCAACAGCAGCAACAGCAACAGCAACAACAACAGCAACAUUUACCCCAGCCUUAUUAUUAUCCAAUGCAUCCACCACCACCACCACCAUCUUCUAAUAUGCAUACUUUACAUGGCCCUAUCAAUCAGCCUUUAUACCAUCAUCGUCCACCACCACCACCUCCUCCUCCGCCUCAACGCAGUAGUAGUCCAACUCCCUCUUCUUCUAGUAUUGAAAAACGUUCCCCAGUUGAAUUCAAUCAUGCUAUCAAUUAUGUCAACAAAAUCAAAACUCGUUUUGCUCAUGAUCCAGAAGUCUAUAAACAAUUCCUUGAAAUCCUUCAAACCUAUCAAAAAGACCAAAAACCGAUUCAAGAAGUAUAUGCUCAUGUUCAAUAUUUGUUUCAUAAUACACCUGAUUUAUUAGAUGAAUUUAAACAGUUUCUACCAGAUAUUGGUGGUCAAUCUGGUGCCUUGUUUGAUUCGAUUUCGUCUAAUUAUUAUGGUGGUAAGCGAGGUCAUCUGGAUUCUACUAGUCUUCCCCCUGGUAAAAAGAAACGUACUAAUAAUACUACAACUAAAACCAAAAAACUUUAUCAAAAGGAGAACGAUAUUAUCUUAAGAGAUCCUUAUAGCUAUCCAGCAUCUAUAUUUGACCCUGUUCGUCCUACUGUUUCAGCUGAAGAAGUAGAAUUUUUUGAACGUACUCGCAAGCAUAUUGGCAAUAAGCCUUCCUAUGAAGAGUUCCUUAAGACUCUUAACCUCUAUACUCAACAAAUUCUUGAUUUAGAUACCCUUGUAGCCCAAGUGGGUAUCUUUAUAGGUAAUAAUAAGGAACUGUAUGAUUGGUUCAAAUUGAUUGUUUCCUAUGAUCCAAAGGAACGUCCUAUCGAAAAACCUGCACAUCACAUUCCUAAGCCUGAUUUAGCCCAUUGUAAGGCCACACGAGAUAGUCCAAGUUAUCGUGCUGUUCCUCAGGAUUGGCAGACACAACCUUGCUCAGGUCGUGAUCAAUUGGCAUGGGAGGUCUUGAACGAUGAAUAUGUGUCGCACCCCAUCUGGGCCAGUGAGGAUGAUGGAUUUGUCGCCUCUAAAAAGAGUCAAUAUGAAGAAGCCAUGCAUCGAUGUGAGGAAGAACGUUAUGAUUACAACAUGCAUAUUGAUGCCAACUUGAAUGUCAUUGCCCUUUUAGAACCUAUCGCUCAACGUAUUGAACAGAUGACACCUGGAGAACGUGCCAGCUUCCGUCUCAAACCUGGUUUGGGUGGUCAAUCAGUCACGAUUUACGAACGAAUUAUUAAAAAAGUCUAUGAUAAGGAACGAGGCCUGGAGAUCAUUGAGUUAUUAUACUCGAAUCCUGCACAGGUUGUACCUAUUCUACUAAAACGUUUAAAACAAAAGGAUGAGGAAUGGAAGAGAGCUCAACGUGAAUGGAAUAAGAUUUGGCGAGAAUUGGAUGCUAAGAAUUAUUACAAGGCAUUAGACUAUCAGGGUAUCACCUUUAAGAGUAAUGAUCGAAAGGCAAUGGCACCCAAGGCCCUCGUCAGUGAGAUUGAGGCCUUACGUCAUGAUAAGAAGAUGAAGGAAGGAUCUGCUACGAAGGCUGUCGUAUCCUCUCUCUCCUAUCAAUUUAAAUUCAAGAUGGAAAACCCUGAGAUCUUCAAGGAUGUCACACGCGUUAUUUUUUCCUUUAUUGAUCGACAAUCUGGUUACACAAGUAGUGAUCGUGAAAAGAUCAGAACAUUCAUUCAAACUUUUUUGCCACUUUGUUUCCAACUUGAUAGUGUCUUACCAGACGGUAUUCAUUACGAGACUGAAGAGGAUGCGGAUGAAGAAGAAGAGGAGGAUGAUAAUCAUUCAACGAAUACUGAAGAAUCUGAGUCAGAUAUCGGCCGCUCGCCUCGUAAAUCACCCCGUCGUCGUUCAGGUCGUCGUAAUCAUGAAGAUGAGCACACGAUGAAUCUUUUACGUGAUGUCCUAACUAAGAAUCAUCAUCCAGUAUCUAUGGAUGAAGAGCCUACAUCGAAUUUAUUAUUUGCCAAUAUGUCUCCAAAUAGUAUAUCAUCAUCA